CUAGAGCGGUUGAACGUUCCUUCCGGCCUGGAACUAAAAGGCGAGAGAAGGCAGGGAGGAUGUUUUACCACAUCUCCUUGGAACAUGAAAUCCUGUUGCAUCCACGUUAUUUUGGGCCCAAUCUUCUCAACACAGUUAAGCAGAAGCUGUUCACCGAGGUGGAAGGAACCUGCACAGGAAAAUAUGGCUUUGUCAUUGCGGUUACAACCAUCGACAAUAUUGGUGCGGGUGUGAUCCAGCCCGGUCGGGGCUUUGUGCUUUAUCCAGUCAAAUACAAGGCUAUCGUCUUUAGGCCUUUCAAAGGGGAGGUGGUUGACGCUGUUGUCACACAAGUGAACAAGGUUGGACUCUUCACUGAAAUUGGACCCAUGUCCUGCUUCAUUUCACGGCAUUCCAUUCCUUCCGAAAUGGAAUUUGACCCCAAUUCCAAUCCGCCCUGCUACAAGACUGUUGACGAGGACAUUGUUAUCCAGCAAGAAGACAAGAUCAGACUGAAGAUCGUGGGGACCCGAGUGGACAAGAAUGAUAUUUUUGCAAUUGGAUCACUCAUGGAUGACUACCUUGGUCUGGUCAGCUGAAGUCCCCCCAGUUCCUUCGUUUCCGUGGCCCUUCCUUGGCUCCCUACAGAAGAAUCUGGCCUGCAGCUCUUCUGCUCCUCUAUUUAUAACAUGCAGUCUUUUCUCCGGCAGCUGGAAGACAAGGGCUGGAUGUAUACAACUCUGUCUCCUCAUUAAAAUGUUCUUGUUUUGUGCUUAAAACAGCUUAAUCAUUGGUUGUACCUCCUGCUCUCAGUCUUUACCCUCCUUC